ACCAGAGGGCUUAACUUUGCACUGGUUUGAAAUUUCUCUCUCCAUUAGAUAAUAUCUUUCUAUUUAUUUAUUGUUUGAUUAUAAAAAUUAUUAUUAAUUCAAUACCAUAAGAGAAACUGUCUUCCUCCUUCUUUGGUUUAACCUCAUGAGUUUCUUCAAAACCCAUCUCUUUUAAGUUUUUUUUUUCUCUUCGCUUUCUCUCUCUACAAAAUCCGAGAGAAAAAAAGGAAAGAAAGAAAAGCCAAAGCUAAAAUGCAAUCUGGGUAUACCGGCGCCGGCGGUUUGCCGGAUUUCUACACUAACGGUCGAUCCACCAUGAAUAACGUUCCGUCUCAGCCUCCAUAUCACCGGCCUCAACUCCCGGGCUUGUAUAUUGACCCGACCGCUUCGCGGAUCGCUCGUCAGAACCCGACGGCCCUGAUCGGAAAACGAAAUCUCGCCGAGUUUCAAUCUCAUCAUCAGCAGUACAACCCCAAUCUUGGGCUCGUACAACAGAACUAUCUUCGCUCUGUCAAGCCCAGGACUUUUCAGCAAUCUUCACCCAUAUCUCCUCUGUCUCCGAUGGAAUUUUCGCCAACGGCAACGACGGUCUCGGAAUCGUCGUCUUGUUCAUCUUCAUCUCCGGCUUCGUCUCAGCGGUAUGGUUUACCUUUACCGCAGCAGCAUCUACGCCCUCAGCCUAUUCAAGGUAUGUCCUAUGUAAACCCGGUUCAGAAUCGUGUUCCGGUUGUGGAUUCUGAAAAGAAGAUGAUGAACGACCGGCUUCAAGAGCUGGAGAAACAGCUUCUCGAUGAUAACGACGAGGAAGAGGGUGACCCCGUCUCUGCGAUUACUAAUAAUAGUAAUAGCGAGUGGUCCGAGACGAUACAGAACCUGAUCAGCCCAAAUCAGACACAGAAACCUGUUUCGCCGUCACCCACUUCGUCGUCUUCCUCUUCAUCAUCUUCAGUCGCGUCUCCUGCCAUUUUGACUUGUUCUAAGCAAUCUAUUAUGGAGGCUGCGUUGGCUAUCUCGGACGGGAAAACAGAGGCGGCGAAUGAGAUGCUCACGCGCUUAUUCACCCAAGUCUCAAACCCAAGACCCACUUCAGAACAGAGAGUUCUCGAGUUCUUAUCAUCAGCUCUUAAAUCGCGCGUCAAACCAGAAGAGAAUCCGGCGCCUGUGAAAGAGCUAUUUAGUCAGGAGCAUGCCGCGGCGACUCAGCACCUCUACGAUCUUUCGCCUUGUUUUCGACUGGGUUUCUCGGUGGCCAAUUUCGCAAUCCUUGAUGCCACAUUAACCGACGAUUCGGCCGUGAAUAACAAGGUUCACGUAAUUGACUUUGACAUCGGCUAUGGCGGACAGUAUGCAGACCUUCUUCAAAAGCUCUCGGAGCGUCAAAACGGCCAGCCGCUAUCGUUGAAGAUCACUACUUUGGCCGAUAAUGGCGGUAACCAAGAGAGGUUAAAGAACGUCGAGGAGAAACUGAGUCAACUCGCUCGGCGUCUCGGUGUAACGUUCAAACUGAAUGUUCAGAGCAACAGAAUCUCGGAGCUGAGUCGCGACUCGCUGGGUUGCGAACCGGACGAGCCGAUCGCAGUGAAUUUCGCCUUCAAAUUAUACAGGAUGCCGGACGAGAGCGUGUCCACGGAGAAUCAUCGCGACAACUUGCUACGGCGCGUGAAGGCGAUGGCGCCGCGUGUGGUGACGGUGGUGGAGCAGGAGCUAAACACUAACACGGCGCCGUUUAUGGCGCGCGUGAGCGAGACGUGCGCGUACUACAGUGCGUUAUUGGACUCGGUGGACCCGGCCGGUACGAGGGAUAACUCGGAACGAGUUAGGGUAGAGGAAGCGGUGAGUCGAAAGGUCGGGAACUCGGUUGCGUGCGAGGGGAGGGACCGCAUUGAAAGAUGCGAGGUGUUUGGGAAAUGGAUGGCCCGAUUGAGCAUGGCCGGGUUCGAGUUGAGGCCACUGAGUCAAAGCGCCAAGGCUCGCCUGAGUUCUGGUAACCGAUUCCAUAAUAAUCUUUCCGUUAAAGAAGAAAAUCAAGGAAUUUGCUUUGGUUGGAUGGGUCGCACUCUCACCGUCGCAUCUGCUUGGCGUUAACUUCACUCAUUUUUUUUUUCUUUUUUUUUAUUUACUUUUCUUUUUACUAAUAUUAUUAAUUGAUAUUAAAGAAAUAGUUUAUUAUUGACGUUUUCCUUCGCAAAGGAAGAAAAGGAAAUACCCACCAAACGAAAACAAAUAAAAAAAAUAUAUUUGAGUGUUUGGAAUCCGAGAAAAUUCCCGUGCAAAAAAAAAUUCUUAUUUAUUAUUGUCAUUUGGGGUGUGUGAAAGGUGGCGUUUGGUAUGUAUGUAUAUAUUUCUGCUGACUUGUCGUUUGGAUUGGCCCUUAGAAUUGUAUUACCAAACCCAUUCAAGGCUCCCUCCACCUUUGGUUUAUUUUCCUUUUUGGUACCUUUAAUUGUAUUUUUCCCGGGAAAUUUUUUAUUUACUCAGAAAAUACGUGUCCAAUCCCACUACAGCACUUUCUUUCUUUGGCACUUUCUUUCUUUUACUUAAUUGUUAUUUUAUUUUCUCCUUUGGGCUACAUAGAAGGUUAUAGGUCUUCACGUGCGCAUGUAUUAGACUUUGAUUGUGGCUAAUCAAGUUUGACAAUAUUGUUAGAGAUUUCUAUUUGAUCUCGUAAUAUGUCGACGAGACUAUCAUCUUUUUGUAAUGCAAUAUCUCUGUGUAUUUUAGUUA